AUGGGGUCAAAAUACACUUCUGGCUUUGCUCAUCUGAAGUCAAAAGUCAGGCAGCCAGUGUGCGCUGGGGCAGCAGCGCCCUUGCCCAAGCCCGCUCCUGUUCGCUUCAGGCCCUUCCGCCCGUCCCGCCCCCGCUAUGACGCCAUCGCGCGCGCCGGCGCUGCCCCUUCCCGCCCGUUCGCGUCACUCUCACGCGACGGGCGCGGAGCGGCGGCGGCGAAGAUGGCUCCUUCACCAACCAAGCGCAAGGACAGGUCAGAAGAGAAAUCGAAGGACCGGUCCAAGGAUAAAGCAGCUGCUAAAGAAUCGAGUGAAAAGGAUCGUGGUCGGGACAAAACACGCAAGAGACGCAGUGCCUCCAGUGGGAGCAGCAGUACCAGAUCCCGUUCCAGCUCAACUUCCAGCUCAGGGUCCAGUUCCAGCACUGGUUCUAGCAGUGGCUCAAGUUCCUCUUCUGCCUCUAGCCGUUCUGGGAGCUCCAGCACCUCGCGCAGUUCCAGUUCGAGCAGCUCUUCUGGCUCUCCCAGUCCUUCUCGACGGAGACAUGACAACAGGAGACGGUCCCGCUCCAAGUCCAAACCACCCAAGAGAGAUGAAAAGGAAAGGAAGAGGCGGAGCCCAUCACCCAGACCCACAAAAGUGCAUGUUGGAAGGCUCACUAGAAAUGUGACAAAGGAUCACAUCAUGGAAAUUUUUUCCACUUAUGGAAAGAUUAAAAUGAUUGACAUGCCAGUUGACAGGCUAAACCCACACCUCUCCAAAGGUUACGCUUAUGUGGAGUUUGAAAACCCAGAUGAUGCUGAGAAAGCCCUGAAACACAUGGAUGGAGGCCAGAUUGAUGGUCAGGAGAUCACAGCCACAGCUGUGCUGGCACCACGGCCUCGACCACCUCCCAGACGGUUCAGCCCCCCCAGGAGGAUGCUGCCACCGCCACCGAUGUGGCGCAGGUCCCCCCCUCGCAUGAGGAGGAGGUCCCGCUCUCCUCGGCGCAGGUCCCCUGUUCGCCGGCGAUCCCGAUCCAGGUCUCCCGGGCGGAGGCGCCAUCGCAGCCGCUCCAGCUCUAACUCCUCAAGAUAAAGCAAAAGGACUGGACAGCUUUUUACUUUUUAACUUAAAUCCCAUCAGAUGGAAUAUUGUACCUUUUUUUAUAAUGAGUCUGGGUGAGGAGGAGUGAGAGAUUAUCCUGGCAGUGAAGGCAGUGUAAGAAGAGAGAACACCAGUUCCUGGCCAGUAACCUUUGCUGUGAGGCUUCUGGAUUCCUGGCAUUGAAUUGAAAUUAUUUAAAAAUGGCUUUGAUUUUAAAGGCUGAAAAACCAUCUUUUCCAGAUAGAGGGAGGGAAAAAUGUUUCAGCCUGUCUUUCUCCAGUUAGCAGCUGCUGCUUGGUGAUUGUAAACGUUUAGCACGCUGUACAGACCAGCAUGUAAAUCUUGAGCUAGUUCAGAACCCCAGUGAGUAAGGCAGUGAGCCACAUACCUUGAUUUCCAGAUGCCAGCACAAGAGUUUAUCAGGGCAGCUGGAGCCCAGACCUGCCUGAAACUUAAUUCAAUACAGAGUUGCUUUAUUCCAGUUCCCCUGGAUGGUUAGUUUCUGCAGAGUAAGCUUUUCUGUAAUGCUUACACCAGGCAAUCACCACAGAAACAAUGGUCCAGCCCAGUGAACAUGACACUGUAGAGAAGAAGUGGAAAGCCUAAGAAAUGUUCUGUACCUGCCCCCUUAAAUGAUUUCUUUCACCUUUUUGUUGAGGGUAUUGGUAAAAACUUCCUACUCAGCCCACAGUGAAACAGUGUGCUUUUACAAAUCCCCUAUGCGUGACUGAGCACCAACCCCUUGGAAACUGCAAAGCAGAGAGGGAGGCUCGAAGCCAUGAUGCUGGCUGGAUUAACUGGGGUUCACACAGGGAAAGGCAAAGAAUUUACCACCUGUUGUACAGUCGAUACUAUACAGUUUUUUGUUUUGUUUUGUAUAACUUUGUAUCCUUUUGGGCCAUGUUGUGUUUGUACUUGUGUAGGACAAGCAGUUACUGAAUAAAGCGGUAGGGUUGAGAAGG